AUGGUGUGCGACAAGACUCGUCUCGACUACGACCACUUUCCUCACUAUGGGCAGCUUCUCGAAAGCCAACUUUUGCUGGCCUCAACUCGUCUAUCCACGAUUACAGUUCACGACCUGCCCUUCGCGGAUGGCGCUAAAAUCAACGCAACGAUGACAGAAGGUAUGCAAGGAGCCAUGGACCGCCUUAUCACCGACUGCGCCAACUUUGGACGGGCAGUCAAUGCGAACAAAACGGUUGUCAGACGCCAACUGAUGUCAACGACUCCGUGGAUGACAUGGUUGCGCAGUUGA